AUCAGCUGCGGCAAAAUCGCAAGCAAACGCGGCGCGUGAGGCUUAUCACAGCCAGGGACGGCCCACAGCGGUACCCUGAGACAGCUGGCGCUGCGCGCUGGGCAAGAGCGUAAUCGUAAAAGGCCGCGGCAAGCCGCGCGCACGCCUAACGACAGCAGACAUGGCAUUUGAACGCGCCGUCGACGCGGCGACGAUGGCCGGCAUGGCGCUACCGGAGAAGGAAGAAGACAUUAUCACGCCGCCGGAGGACACAAGGGCCUGGCAGGGCACCGAACAUGGUAAUUUCAACGGCAUGGACGCGGCGCGCGCGGCGAAGGACGAAGACGACAGCGUCGCUAUGCGCCGCGUCAAGAAAGCGGCAUCGCUGGCGCAGGCGGCCCUACACGCGCUGGUGCUCUUCGUGCUGCACGCGCCGAUCAAGUGUUUAGGAGUGAGCGCCCAGGUCGAGUGGGGCAAUGCGAACCGCUCCUUCGCGCUGCUGUCGCAAGGGUCGCUCCUGCGGAACAUGGCGUGCGUCGCUCUGAGUCGAGUAGCAUAUGUUCCGUGCGAGGCGCUCCAUCGGCUGAUCUGGUUUCUCUGCGAAGGCAUGCAGAGCGUGAAGGGACUUAGGGGAGCCAUGACCAGAGGAGCAGCGGUGCACAUGGCGCUGUCCGUGGCGCUGCUCUUCGGCGACGAGAUCUUCGAGGGCAAUUCCGACGCGCUCUUCAUCGUUGAGUCUAUUAAAAACGUGCUCGGUGUCACGGCCUUGUGUGGCUACGCCGCCAGAAAUUGUUCUUAUCAUUCUGGCGAGGUGGCUAUCCGAGUCAGAAAUUUCAACGUCCCGCGUCGACGCGAUCGGUUCGAUGGCGUGGUACGUACGAGCAAGAUCUCUCGAUAACGCAGGCCCUGCAAGCGCUCGCGGAGUUCUGGAAAAGGAUGGACGCGGACUCAUCGAAGGAGGCCGUCGUUUCUAUCCUUGGAUCCUCGUUCACGCUGUUCAAGAACGCCGCCGUCCCGAUGCUGAUGAUCUCGCAGUGCGGCUGGUGCCCGGAAACCGGCUGGCCCGUGUUCGCCGCUACGGCCUGCUUCGUCGGGUAUACGGAGAUCACGAUGUCGGGCAUGGCGCGGUACGCCGUGUCGGAGCUCCACCGGUUCCUCGCUUAUUGCAAGAUUGUUCAUUGCGGCCAGUCGGGCCAGAGACCGGAGGGCGUCGGCGUGAUGCAGUUUCUCUUAGAUCUCGCCGGUCGCCUGCCAAACUCGUGCGAGGACAUGUUAUUCGGCAUCCACGGUCACUCGAACGUCGUCAUGGGCUCGACCGUUUGUAUGGUGCCGCUCCUGGGCGCGUCCGACGAGCGGGAGUUCCUCAUGGGCGCGGGCGUCGGCGUCUUCGGGAUCCUGCCCCUCCUGGACCGCAAGGUCUUCCGCGCCAUCUUCGACCUCCUCAAGCGCGCCCCGAUCGUCACGGGCGACCACGGCAUCAUAGAUGCGCUCUUCGGCCAGGAGCAGAAGUGGGUGCCCGGGCCCCUCUGGAAGUGAGGCGUGUCGUUUCCUUCUUUAUGCUUGUGUAGUGUGGAGGAGGGGCAUAAGCUUGUUAAUAACAAA